UUUUCUGUCUACAAUCUGCAAGUGAAAUUCAGAACAUCAAGAAUGGACAUGAAUGAGCAAAACUUUGGAUUCUGGUGGGAAUACUGUGGACAUUCCUCCAAACCAAAACCAAAUUACACCAUUAGGAAAGACUGGAAAGCCUGGUACCCUGAAACACUCACUAGACAAGCUGCAGAAAUUCCUGAAGGGGAAUCUAAAAGCUCUGGGGGCUUCCCUUUAUGGGGGGCUUUGUCUUUUAUCAUUUCUGGAUCUCUGACUGUUGUGUCUGCCAAGAAGCAAACAAAAUCACUGCUGAGGAAGAAUAUAGGCGCUAACACUCUUAGCACCUUGGUCUCAUUUGUUGGGAUCUGUAUUCUGUCAUACAAUUUAACAAAAAAUUUCCACUAUGAUUGCGAGAAGGAAACUGCCUGUUUGGGCAUCAAAUCAAUUGCAAUUGGACUUGUGAUUGUCCUAAUGAUCCUAACUUGUCUGCAAUUUUUAAUUUCACUUCCUCUCUCCAUGCUCAUCUACGAUGUGGAUGACGGGAAUAUCCACUGGAUUUCUGUACUUUUUUGCUGGAAAUCACCUUCUGAAAGUCCUUAUCAAGACUUGUUGCCUCAAACUUCAAUCUAUCAAGAACUUGAAUAUAAAGAGGAAACACCUUCCUGUUAUCCAACAGAUACUAGUAAACAAAUAUGAAGCCGUAUUUCUGUAUUUUUGGAUCCACAGUGGUACCAAGAAUCUUAUACUGUAACCACUGAGGCAUAAAUAUACGCAUGUGAGAAUACCACUGUGUGGUUCAAAGUCAUGAAGAUAGCAGCUAGCAUCUAUAGCAUUAAGAAUUUGGUUGUUACUAUUCCUUUUUGUUAUGGUUGGAUGUCAUCACAAGUGAGGUGUACGCUCUGUUACAAAACUUAACCUUGAAAUGUUGGUGGCUUAACACAUCAGAAGUUCAUUUACCGCAUACUUUACAUGUUCAUUGUUAGUUGGCUGUUUAGACCCACACUGAUAUGAGUUCCAAAAAAUAGAAUAAUAGAAUAAUAUCUCCAAAAGGUUUUUUUUUUUU